AUGGGUGUAAUCCCGCUCGUUUCUGUGACGGCAUUCUGGCUGUUCAUCGGCGCCGGUGGUCCGUUUCUUGUCCGAAGAGGACCUAAUCAGGGUUUGGAGAUUUUUUACUUUUACGAAGUCACUUUUGGAGUUUUUUCACAGAUGGUGUCUCACUACUUCCUAUUCUGUUUCAGGAACCAUUCGAAUCAUGAUUAUAAUGACGGCUGUAUGUUGUUGGCUAAUGUGGAUCAUGGUACAAUUUUUCAUACUGUAGAAAAAGGGUUGAUUUUAUCACUUCAGAUCUACCUGCAUCAGCUGAAUCCACUGAUUGGACCUCAAAUCAAUGUGCGAACAGCUCUCUGGAUAUCAGAAAAAUGGGGUGACUCGAAUAAUUCGAUUCCUGAACAGUAG